UCACUUAUUCAGAUCUCUUCAAUUUCUAAAAGAAUUUUAAUAAUUAGAUUGUGGAGCACAGGCUGGCGCUGCAUGUUCAACAGAUUAAAAUAAAACGACUUUAUUUAUUUAUUUAUUUAUGUUUAGCAGACUCCGUCAAAGUCUUGGGGGCAACUCAGAAUAACCAUCGUUCAGAUUCAUCGAAUUUCAGUUACAGUCUGCUGCUUAAUCGAAGGAUUUGAGAUGGCAGCUUAUGCAGCUCUGGUUUCUUUGAUGAACAAUAUUGAGCAGAUGAUGUGCCAUCCUCGCCUUUCAACUGUAUUCGACAAGAAACAGAUUGAAUCGCUUGGGGAAAAGGUUGAUGCCUUGCUCGACUUGAUUACCAACAGGAAUAUUGAUGGAGGUAGCAAAGAAGCAUCAGAUCUGGAGAGUCAAAUCGUAUCUGCAGCUCACGCAGCUGAAGAUGUGAUUGAAUCACACAUUGUCGAUCAAAUUCAUGCUGGAGAGAAUCCAGCAUGGAUGCGGUGGUGCUGGCUAUGGAGAAAUCCAUGCUUGUGGCUAUGGAGAAAUCCAUGCUUCUUGGAUCUGCAACAAAUAACUGAAGAAAUGGAUGGUAUCAUGAGAAAUGGUGCUGAGCUCAAGGAGAAAUGGGGAGCGAGAGAGGAGCAAGCUACACAUGGUGAAAUGGAUGCUGUGGAGGAGAAACAACCUCUCACCACCACCAGAAAGGCUUCUCCGGUGGGACUCGAAGACGAUGUGAUCAACGUCAUGGACAAGCUCACCAUACAUCAACCCAAGCAGCAAAUCAUCUCGAUUGUUGGAAUGGGCGGCACGGGUAAGACCACGCUUGCCCUAAAUGUUUAUGAAAAUUCACUCAUCAAGGAACACUUUGACAUUCGUGCUUGGGCUAUUGUAUCUCAAAAAUACACUGCAGAAGAAAUCUUUUCAAAACUUCUCUCUAGCAUAGGGCAAAGUGGAAGUGGAGAUGAAUUAGGGCUAAAGUUGUAUCAGAGUUUAUGUGGUAGAAGAUAUCUGAUUGUAUUAGAUGACAUAUGGAGUGUCGAAGCUUGGGAUGAGGUGAGGCGUUACUUUCCCGAUAAUAGGAAUGGAAGUCGGAUCGUUUUAACUACUAGGUUGUCUGAUGUGGCUAGUGGUUGUGGCUCUAGUUCUUGCUUCAACAUGAAACCGUUAGAUGAGGAUCAAAGUUGGGUGUUGUUUUGCAGAAACGCUUUCCAGCAAGAACAUUGCUCUUAUCCUCAACUAGAAAGUGUGGGAAAUGAGAUUGUUACAUUGUGCAGAGGAGUACCCUUGUCAAUCGUUGUGAUUGGAGGAUUUCUUCUCAAAUCGCCUAGGACUGUAGGAUUCUGGGAGGGUGUUGCCAAGAAUAUAAAAUCAAUCCCCAAUUCAAUAGAGAAGCAAGAGAUCUUAGAUGUGUUAUCUUUAAGCUAUAAUCACUUGCCCCCUCAUCUGAAACCAUGUUUUCUUUAUAUGGGAAUUUUUGAGGAGGGCCGUGAGAUUCGUGCAUCACGAAUCAUCAAACUUUGGGUUACUGAAGGAUUUAUCAAACCGAAGAGAGCCCAAAUGUUAGAAGAGAUUGCAGAGGGGUACUUGAAUGACUUAGUUGACAGGAAUCUUGUUCUUGUUGGCAGAUAUCGAUAUAAUGGGAAGAUUAGGUCUUGUCGACUUCACGAUCUGAUAAGAGAUCUGUGCUUGAAAGUAUCUGAGAAAGACAAGUUCUUCUAUGUCAACAGGGCACUCGACAACAUGAGUAAGGAGCGUCGCUUCAUAUGUCCUGACUUCAUCAAGAAUGAAAAUGUUCAUGAGAUGUCUGAUGCUUGGGCACUGGACAACAUGACCAAGGAGCGUCGCUUCAUAUGUCAUGACUUCAUCAAAAGUGAUUAUGUUCAUGAGAUGUCUGAUGCUCCGAAAUCAGCGCCGCUUCUUCGUUCUCUGGUAUGUAGAGGGGACAAGCUGCCACCGGUUGUGUUUAAGAUGUUGAGGAUUUUGAAUAUGAUUAGCAACUGUUCUGAGGCAGUUGUAAUGCAGAACUUGAACCUGCGGUUCCUUACUUUCCAACCUUUGGCUUCCCGCACCUUGGUUUGGCUUCCUUCUUCAAUAGCCUUCAUUUGGAACCUGCAAACAUUGACAAUUAAUGCGGAACUUGUCGUUGCACCAAUUGAAAUUUGGAGCAUGUCACAACUUAGGCAUGUGGAGUGCACACGGAUUUAUCUUCCCCGUCCUCUUCCAAAUGACUGUGUUGUCAUGGGAAACUUACAGACAUUGACAAAAGCAGUAAAUUUGAGGUUGAGUGAGGAGGUGUGUAAGAGAAUUCCCAACACCAACAAAUUGCAUCUAAUCUACGGUAAAGAUUUGGAGGGAUAUGAUGAUUACUUGUUCGACCAUCUCCACAAUCUUGGCAGCCUACAUAAACUUCAAUCACUAAAGCUAGUAGUUUCCACCUUUCCUAACCAAUCCUCAUGCAAUGCAGAUCGGCUAAAGUGUGCAUUGCCGGUAUCUCUGAAGAAGCUGUCACUGGCACGCUGCAGUCUUGACUGGAAUGAUCUAACAAUCAUCGGUUCUUUGCCCCAAUUAGAAGCUCUCGAGCUAGUUGAUUCCGUCAAGGGACAGAAGUGGAGUCCGGUUAACGGGGAGUUUCUCCGCCUUAGAUUCUUGAGCAUUGUUGAUUGGACUUGUGAUCUGAGAUGUUGGGAUGCAGACAGCUCCCAUUUCCCUGUUUUGGAGAAGCUUAGACUUGAGGGAUUGUGGCACUUGGAAGAGAUCCCUUUGGAUAUUGGGGAAAUUCCGACACUUGAAGUUAUUAGUGUGGAUGGAUGCAGUGAGUCUGCUCAAAUUUCGGCGAUGAAAAUAAAGGAAGAACAAGAGAGUCUGGGAAAUGAGGGCCUUGAAGUUCAAAUAUCAUCAAGGAAAGAUAUUGACAAUCGGAAGCUUAGAGAUGAAGAAGUAUUGAUGCACUUGGAAGAAGAGGUCCGUUUGUAUAUUGGGGAAAUUACGACACUUGUGGAUGGAUGCAGUGAGUCUGCUGACGUUUCGGCGAUGAAAAUAAAGGAAGAAGAAGAGAGUCUAGGAAAUGAGGGCCUUCAAGUUCAAAUAUCAUCAACGAAGGAGACACUUACCCGGCUGACUGAAAAAAUAAGGAUUUCAUUUCUAACAUUAACUGCAGCCUCGAGAUAUCUUCAUGGAAAGCCGUUAGAUUAUCUCUGAUUGUUGUGAAGGAAAUGAAAUUGUAAACUUUGCUGUGUUUGAUUUCAUAUUUGGUAUGAAUGGCUUUCUUCCGCUAAGCUAAUCAAAAUAAGUUAGCAUUUCUUUC